AUGAGUUUUUAUUUUGCCGUGAGUUUUUAUUGUGCCGUGAGUUUUUAUUUUGCCGUGAGUUUAUAUUUUGCCGUGAGUUUUUUUUUUGCCGUGAGUUUUUAAUUUGCCGUGAGUUUUUAUUUUGCCGUGAGUUUUUAUUUUGCCGUGAGUUUUUAUUUUGCCGUGAGUUUUUAUUUUGCCGCGAGUUUUUAGUUUGCCGUGACUUUUUAGUUUGCCGUGACUCUUUAUUUUGCUAUCAACAUUAAAUUGUUGUUGCAGUAAAUAUAAAGAUUAUCCGUUCAAUAAAUUUUGUUUUGCAGUCAAUUUGAACUUUAUGUUAACGUAAUUUUAAAAACAUUUGCCGUGAUACUUGUGGGCCACCGUACUAAAUACCUGGUUUAAUCUAAUUAUAAUUUCUGUCUUUCAAUGAAAGUCUGUAAUGUUUAGGUACUUUUAUCUUUCAAUCUUUCAACAAGUGGGUGUGGUCAUGUGGGCACCGGCGGGCUCAGUGAGCAAAAUGCCUUUUAAAAUUGGCAAAGUAAUUUUAAAAAUCAACGUUGUCUAAGCUGAAAAAAAUCAAAGCUAAAGUUUAUCAACUUUAUGUCGACAUGGCAUUGAUUAUCUUUGGCUUAUCCUCAUGAAUUAUUAAUGAGGAAGUCAUUAAUUAUUUUUAAAUUUUUAAUUAUUUUUACAGAUUUUUUACGUACGAAUAAAAAUUUCGCACCUUAAUUGAUGAAGAAUUUGCCAAAGUUGAGAAUUUGAUGGCUAGUUUAUUUACCUACAAAUAAUAUUUACAAGUUGAAUAUUUUAGAAUAGUAUAACGGGCUAGUCGACUUUUAACAAUACGAACAGGUUUUUGCUAUUUUCAAUUGCUCAAUUUCACUAGGAAUUGAUUCAGAACGCGGAUGAUGCCGGGGCAAAUGAAGUCAAGUUUCUUUUUGAUGCUACAUCUUAUGGGACCGCCUCAUUGGUUUCCCCGGGGUUGGCCUUAUUCCAAGGCCCAGCCCUGUACUGUUACAACAAUGCCAAGUUCACGGAGGAGGACUGGGAAGGAUUACAACGUCUUAUGAGAAGUAAAAAGGAAAAUAAUCCGUUGAAAGUUGGCCGCUUUGGAAUUGGAUUCAAUUCUGUUUAUCACAUCACAGGUAUAUAAUUGUAAUAGUUUGCAGUGUAAUCUACAAUUUUUAGGAAACUGUAAAGGAUGAUUUACCAAAUGAAUGUUAUUGGACCGAUUUACACCAGCUAGGCUACCAGAGGCGGGUGACUCAUCCAGACGAACAUGGCAAAGAAAAGACAGAUUGUCUGAUCAUCAUUCUUUUUUUAUAACAGUAUAAACGCAAUAAAGAGAAUGGCAAACUAUCAACGUACAUGCAAGGGCGGAUUUUCAUUUUUUAAAGAAGGAGUGGAAAAUUUUCUAGUGGGGUGCAAGCAGCAUCACUGAGCGAGCUUCGGCAAGGGUUAGGCGUUAGAGCUAAAGACUUUCACACAAAAUAGGAGGGGUGAAAUUUUGGUGGGGUUGAACACUUUAUAAAGAGGGCUUAGAGAGAUUCUAGGGGGGUUAACCUCCCCUAAGCCCCCCCCCCCCCAAUAAAUCCGCCCAUGCGUACAUGUAAUUAUCAGCGUACAUGUAUAAUUUGUCCACCCAGACAAAUUUGUAUGUGUUGUUCAUCUUGACAAUGGAUUAAUGUUUAUUUAUCAGAUCAGACGAAUAUUAGAUUGACUAUUUAAUUAGUGAGUAAGGGAAACGAUCAGGCAUGCGAUUUGGCAGUACACAGUAAAUAUAAGGGCUACUUUAGUGCAAUCACUAAAUGAAACAGAUGAUUGAGCCUGAUUGGGACAAAUAUUAUCACUCGAUAAAAAUUAAUUUCUGACCGUAUUACUGCUGUUGGUAGUAGUUAGUUUCUUCCUGUUGUUUCCAUGACUGGAACUAUGCUGUUUUUUAUUUCUAUAGACCUACCAAGUAUUGUGAGUGGCAACACGGUUGCGUUUUUAGACCCACACGAGAAAUAUUUUGUCGUUGGUCAACCAGGCCAAGCAUUUUCUAUGGGAGACUCUUUACUUGCUGAACAUUUUGACCAAUUUGAGCCGUUUCAUCAGAUAUUCGAUUGCAAUCUUAACCAGGGAAACUGUUAUAGUGGGACACUCUUUCGGUUUCCAUUGAGAACUGAACCAUCAAAUUUGUCGACCAAAAUCUACACGAGAGAAAUGGUCAAUACCCUUUUUGAUUCAUUUAAAAAUGAGUCAAGUGCGAUUCUCCUCUUUCUCAAAAACGUCGACUCGGUCAGCUUGUACGAACGUGAAGAGCAAGGUGAAAUUUUUCAUCAUUAUACAGCCAGAGUAUCCGACAAGUCAAAGAUUGAAGUUAGAAAGAGGAGACAAGAGUUGAUCCAGGAUAUCUCAGUGGAGUGGGAUUUUGCCUUGAAAACAACUUUUUACCGUUUGGAAAUCGAGAAGGAAUGUCCAGGAAAACCUUCAGAAAAGAAGGAAUGGUUCUUAGCAAAUCAAGUUGGCACCAAUGAGAUGAAACUAGUGGAGUUGGCUAAGAAUUUGAAGUUGUUACCUUGGAUCGGAAUCGCAUGUCCAGUGGAUGCUAAUAACAACUUGUCUUCGUUAGGGAGGAUUUUUUGCUUUCUUCCACUCCCCCCUGAUGGUGACUGUCGAACAGGGAUGCCAGUUCAAGUGAAUGGCUAUUUUGGAUUGACUGACAACAGACGAGCUUUAAAGUGGCCUGGUCCCGAUUGCCAGAAUGACGACACGGCCCAAUGGAAUCAACUUCUCUUGGAAAAAGUCGGGAGUCAGGUUUAUGCCAACCUGAUCGUAAACAUGGUGCGAGAAGGUUCUAGCAAUAAUCUCCCGCCAGAGUCGCUCGCUAAGUUAGUAUACAGCGCUUUGCCAGUCCACAGCAAUGUCAGGGAAGAUUGGAAAUGUAUCCUGCAGCCAUUUUUCAAAACAGUUUUAGGAAGCAAAAUAUUCUUGACAACUCCUAGGGGGGAAUCUCGAUGGAUCAGCCUUGGGGAAGCCAUUAUCGAUCGCUUGGACGAGACCAAAGGCAUGAGAGAAGAAAUCAAAAGAGUUGUCCUGAAAACGUUGCUGAGCGCUGGCCAACCAAUUGUUUCACCACCGCGACACGUUAUACAAGUUAUUGAUCAAUAUCAUCAGAUAUCUGGUUGGAAAACCCUUCAGAAAGUGACCCCAGCUCUGUUGUGUAACGUUUUGCGCUCUAGUUUUGAUUUUCAUAAGUUGGGAAUGGCUUUCCCAGAUAGAUUGUUCGUGUUGGAGUAUGCCCUGCAGAAUGUCCCUGGAAGUAUUCCUAGUCUUCACGACGUUCCUCUACUUCCAUUAGAAAAUCGCCAGUUCAUAAAGUUCUCGUUUCCAUCCGUCGAUAAGAUUUUCAUUCCGUCUGAGAAGCACAGUGCCGAUCUCUUGCCCAAUAUGAAGCAUCGUCUUCUCUAUCGUGACCUACCUCUACAAGUACAACAGAAGUUGUACGAGCUUGGUUCUUCCGGAGCAACACAGUUACACCACCCUACGGCUGAUGAUAUCAAGCAACUAUUGUGGGAAAAUCUCCCUAAUGAUUGGUCCUGCAGCUACAAUCCGCAGCUGGAAACCGUCUCCUGGAAUCCAGAUAUAGAGAAACAUCCUUCUUUGGCCUGGUUAGAAUUAGUAUGGAAGUGGAUCAAUGAGAAUUACCCAAGUAACCUUGGCGAGUUUGAAAGAAUGCCACUAAUUCCCGUUUUCAUCAAUCCACCCUCCUCUAUGGUUAGACUUCGUUCAAACUCCACCAUCAUUGUCACCGAACACCCACUUUGUAAUGAAGUACUUUCCGACGUCGUUCGUAAACUUUUGGUCAAGUCGAGCUGUGUUGUGCUUGAAAAAUUACCUUCCUUUUUGAAGCACGAUCAAAUCCUUCAAUAUAUUGCUCUACCAACGCCGUCUGGUAUUAUCAGCGUUCUUUCCGUAGCAGAACAUAAAGCAGUUCAACAACUGUCUGUUGCAUCAAACGAAGUUAAACACGAAUUGUGCUGUAUUCUGUCGAGGCUAGAUCGCGUUAGUUUGGCUCAGGUAUCAUUCAUUCGUACGCUACCAAUCUUUGAAGCAGUCGACGGAAGCCAUUUUCUUUCCUGUGAGACAGAACCGGGCAAACAGCGUCUUGUUGCGCCACGAAAAUUCUUUUUACCUGAAGAAAUCCGAAUUAUUGAUCGAACAGAGAUCCUGUCCUCUUCAAAGGAUGAAAGCUAUCGUUUGCUGGAAAAACUUGGCAUGAGAAUCGAAAGCACAGCUAGUUUGAUCAUGAUUCAUUUAAAAAACUUUUUAAAUUCUGGGAUCAGAGACGCGGAGAAGGACAACCUCAUUCUCUGGAUUUUGGAAAGAAUAGAUAUCUUAAAUCAAGAAAUGCCUGUAUUCUUGGGGUUUAUCCGUGAACUGGCAUGUAUUCCAACUGCAAGUGGCAAACGUAUAGCACCAAAUAAACUCUUCGAUCAUUCUGACAGACUCUUAAUGCGGUUGCUAGAAGGCAACAAUGAGGCUUUUCCAAGAAACCAGUUCUUGGAGCCAAUACGACGACGUAAGGAUGAGCUAAAAGUUCGACGUAGAGAAAAUCUAAUCGCUCAAGAUGUUUUCCUUAUUGUAAAUCCAGCAACGGAAAUAAGUUUAGACAGAGGUAUGGCUCUUGUAGAACUUACGAAUCAGCGACCACAGUUACUGAGUGAAUACACUGCAGAUGGAAGGUUAUUGAGUAGUGUACUACGUGAGUUUCCAUGGUUACCAAGAGUGCAAGAUCGUCCUGCAAACUAUCCUGGUUUUAUGCCGUGGUAUGAUGGAAUGAACCUCUGUAAACCGAGCAGCAUGCAUCCUGAUUCUUUGGCACUCCUAGUUGGUGCGACAGUACCUGUUUUCAAUAACAGGUUGAUUUUACGUGAAGUACAAGGUAGGUAUAGCGAUGUUCACUAUGUUUUGUAGGGAAGUAUAAAUUUGUUCAAAUUGGCAUAGGCAUACCAUGAUGCUUUCCAGGCAGGGGGGGAGUUGAAAAUUUGCCCGAAUAUUUAUGGAGAAUUUAACACAUUUUCUGGUAAAUCUGCCCGAAUUUACUUGAUUUUUCCUGCUAUUUUACCGAAUUUCCAUGGUUUUCUAUAGGUUUUUUUUUUUUUUGGGGGGGGGGCAUGCCACCAUGUCUUGUGCGCCUAUGCAAAUUGGUUCAAAUGUGCAUGUUCAUUUUACAACUUUAGAAAAUGAAAUUUAACCAAUCCUAGGAACAUUUGUGUAAAAAUAUUUUAAAUUAAUCGUUUACUUACUGCUCACGAGAGACAUACAUAUAUAAUGAUGUUCUAUACUUACCUGUAAAAAUAUUUUGACGAUGUCUAACAAGUUGCCCGACACCGAAGGUCGAGGGGCGCUUUUGAAACCGAGCUGUGAAUUAGUAUUUUUUUGACAUAUUUUGCUCCAUGAAAAAUGCGGUUGGUCGAGGAAUUCAAAUAUUCUAGUGUUGCGAACCAUGCUUGAGAUCAAUGGUGAUACGUGAUUAAGGUAUGACUGGAAAAACUAAUAAAACACGCAGACACGAAACCCGACAAAAAUGAGAAAUCACUGACGAGGAAAACAUAUUUUCAGUACAAAUGUAUGUACCUUUUCAAAAUUAUAAUAGUUACAAAGUCUAGCAUACGGACCUCGUAAUCAGUGACUCAGCCAAAGAGGGCUGUAUUUCAGUUACGAACCUGGAGUUACGGAGCUGAAAAAUAAGUGUUUCUAUUUUAUUCCAGAUUUGCUUGGAAUGUCUCAUACACACAGCGUAUUUAAAGAAGUCGUUGAACAGCUACACUUAGCUGUUGUCUCCUGGACAAACCAGACGACCACACCGUUGAUCCUUGCGAAAUUUGAAGAAAUGGUUAAGAGUGUUUACGUGUAUCUUUCCAGAGUACCCAAAGAUACUGUACAGCAUUUGUUACAAUCCAAAGGUUUAACCCAGUGGAUAUGGCAAGGAAGUGGUUUUGCCUCGCCAGAAAAAGUUGCUUUGGAGUCGCACUUUCCAAAGAGUAUCAACAUUCAUCCAUAUUUGUUCCGUCUUCCAAACGAACUAUUCAAAGUGAAAGAGUUUCUACUAUCCCACGGAGUAAAGCCACAGUUUACAGUCGAUGACUUGCUGGAUAUGCUGUGGAAUAUAAAGGCAAAGCACGAUGACGAAAAACGAUCGCAUGAAGACGUGAUGCAAGAUUUAGACCAAUGUCGUGCAGUGUUAGAGUGGAUUGUGAGAAGUGGUGGCGAGCUAUCUGAAGAACGUCGCUGUAAACUUCUCAUUCCCGUUCAGACCAAGUCCGAUAAGCUGCAACUUGAACCAUGCAACACAUGUACCUACUGUGAUCGGGAAUUCUUACGACGAGGUGUUUCCGAGCAUGGGAUUUCCACUAAGUCUCAUUUAAUUCACAAAGCAAUUCCCGAUGAUUUGGCUGGUCGUCUUCGAGUUCCGCGUCUCUCAAGCUGCCUCGCAGGAGCCAAAGCAGUUGGUAUUAAAUUCAAAGAAGCUGGUCAGUAUGAGCCACUGACAACACGGUUACGUAACAUUCUACAGCAGUACAAAGAAGGAGUAGCGAUUUUUAAGGAAAUUAUCCAAAACGCAGAUGACGCUCGCGCUUCCAAAGUGUACUUUGUCGUUGACUGGCGGGAAAAUUCCCGAGAACAAUUGCUCACUGAAGAACUAGCUAAAUGUCAAGGACCUGCUCUUUGGGCUUAUAACGACUCUAUGUUCUCUGAGGAAGAUUUUGAAAACAUCAACAAGCUUGCUGGUGAAACGAAGAAAGAAGACUCGGACAAGGUGGGUCGUUUUGGUCUUGGCUUCAACUCAGUCUACCAUCUCACUGAUGUCCCAAGUUUUCUGAGUGGCGAACACCUGGUGGUUUUUGAUCCAAAUAUGAGUCACAUCUCUAAAUUGAUCGACGGCAAGAUGAGAAGUGGUGGAAUUAUGUUAAGCUUGGUAGAACACAAACAUGCUCUAUCGGCUUUUCCAGACCAAUUUUCUCCUUACAACCAGUUGUUUGGCUGCGACAUGACCGGUGCGGGCACUUUUCACUUCGACGGGACAUUGUUUCGGCUCCCUUUUCGUACAGCCGUACAAGCGCAAGAAAGUGAGAUUUCGGAUGAACCUUACACCCGAGAUAACGUGAACAACCUUAUAAAGUCAUUGAAAGAAAGUGCGGCAACCCUUUUACUGUUCGCCCAAAAUAUCAAGGAGGUUCGAGUAUUUGAAAUCUCGAAAAAUUCUAACCCAAAGAAGUCUUUGGAACGACCCAUCAUCAGCAUCACAAAAUCGGUGCAGAAAAUCGUGUUCACGAAUAUUACUGAGGGAACGAUCUUGCAAAAUUCGUCAACUUGGUUGUUAAACAGACGAAUAUCGGGAGUGAAAGCCGCAAUAGAAGGACCCCGCAGGGCUGAAUGGUUAAAGAUGAAUGUGUCAAUGGUGAAAUCUGACCUUAGCAGUGAAGUACCAGAAGUUCUUCAAAAAGAAGACAUGUGGCUUGUUAAUUCCUGUGCAGGUGGCAGGUCAUCUCUUGACGUUGCGCAAAGUGUUGCUGGCAUCAAGAACGCAGUUGUCCCCGUCACUGGAAUAGCUGCAAAAUUGACGCAUUCAAGUAUACAUGGUGCAAAAAUUUUCCCCAUACUUGGAGAAGUAUUCUGCUUUAUGCCAUUGUCCAUCGAGUCUGGGUUUCCCGUGCAUGUCAACGGCUUUUUCUCGGUUUAUUCAAAUCGGCGGCGUUUGUGGGAAGAAGGUGUGGGUGAGCAUCAGUCGUUAAAACCAUUUGAAGUGAAGUGGAACGAAGCUUUAAUGGAAGAUUCGUUAGUGAAGGCUUAUCUUCAGCUGCUACAAAUACUUACGUCUUACAAUGAUAAGCAGUACAAGUUCCACAGUCUUUGGCCUAACCCGACAAAAGUGAACUACCCAAAAGCGUGGAAACCGUUUCUUUACUCAUUCUUCAACAAAAUCAUCGACGAGGAGUGGUCGCUAUUUUAUUGCAACAAAAAUUGGAGAAAACUUCAAGAUUGUCUUAUUCUUGAUCCAAAACUUAACAAGGUUGCUGAAUGCGUCACCAUUAUGAAUCUACUUGAUGAAAAUGUCCUUUUGCUUCCCCAAGACUUCAUGGAAGCCUUCAAAUCUAGCGGGAAAGAAGCCUUUAUCAAGAGUUACAUGCUGACUGAAGAUAGAUUCUUGAGAGAAUUCUUUUUUCCUAGAAUUUCACAGAUACCAAACCAACUUCGUAACUCAGUUCUUGUUCACAUCCUGGACCGUCGACUAAGCAAGCAUCGAACCUAUGAUGAUCUUUUACGGGCCUAUCCAAGUUUCAGCUGUUCUGAGGAUGGAAUGUGGCUGCGCAAACCAAGCGAACUGGUCCAUCCUAAAGGGAAAGCUGCCUGCUUGUUUUCCGAAGAAGAGAAGCGAUUUCCGUUGGACAAUCGUUUUCUAGAGAAAGAACGGUCAUUGAUGUUGGGAGAAUUGAGAAUGGCCAUUGACGAUCUUCCAUGGUGUGCUUUGUGUGAGAGAGCUGAAUGGGUUUCCAAAAAUUGCGAUGUCAACAGAGCAGGACAUCUCAUUCAAUACAUGAAUCAAAUGCCUUCAGGAUGUGAAAUAAUCCCCGCGGAAACAAAAAUUCUACGAAUUGCUCAGUUCCUUCCCAUUUUGCCAAAGCCAAAAGACUACCCAUUUCCCUGGAAGUCUGACAAGUACCAAACGAUGCAUUUAGCUGCCGCCGACCAUCUCUACCCCGAACGACAUAAACACCUUGUUGGUUCCUCUCAACUCAUCCUAGAUGAAUCAUCUAAUAGUUCAAUCGUGCCAAACAAUUAUCUCAAAAAAAUCCUUGGGUUUUCUUCAAAGCAACCUGAAUUAUCAGAUGUCAUAGCACAACUUGAUCAAGUCAUCCAGCAGUCUCGUUUGCUCACCAGAGAAAAGAAAGAAUGUGCAUGUAUGGCAAUAUAUGACUUCUUUCAAAAGAUUGUAACCACUGACAAGUCCAAGCAAUCUUUUCUUCGCGAACAGCUUGAAUACCGACAGUGGAUGCUUGUUAAGAAUCAAAUGGUGGAUCCAAGACUAGUGGCAAAAAACUGGAACAAUGAUGAUGGAUCACCAUAUCUGUUUUCCUUGCCUCCUUGUUACAAUACGAAAUUCACAGGCCUCGUCCGUUGGUACGGCGUAAAGGACAACUUUUCCCAGGAGGAUUUUAUCGAAGCAAUAUUAAAGCUUAGAGAAGACACUGGUCGCAAGAAACUGGUGGAGAACAAAGUCCGUACCCUUAUUGUUCUUAUUGAACAAGUAUUUCGCUCACCCAACACGAAGCUUGAAAUUACAUUGCCCCUUCCAAGUGGGGACUGUCGGCUGUAUGACGCAGAUGAACUUGUAAUUAACACCUCCCCUUGGCUAGAGACGGAUGGCAUGAAUAAACUUGUACAUGAGAAGGUUCCGGUAAUUUUAGCGUACAGAUGUGGUGCAAAGGAGAUUAGAAACGCAGAUAUAACUCGCUGCUCUGAACCUAUUGGUCAGCCAUUUGGACAGCAUGAGAAACUAACUGAUCGUUUAAAGAACAUCCUGAAAGCCUAUCCUUCUGACGAGGGAAUAUUGAAGGAACUUCUUCAAAACGCGGAUGAUGCAAAAGCCAACGAAAUACAUUUUGUGUUUGAUCCCCGAACACACGAAAGUGAACGCGUUUUCUCUAAUGAGUGGAAAGACCUUCAAGGCCCUGCGAUUUGUGUCUACAACGACAAGCCAUUCUCCAAAGAAGAUAUUGAAGGUAUCCAGAAGCUUGGUAUCGGAAGCAAAGUGGACGACCCUAUGAAAACUGGACAGUAUGGCAUUGGAUUUAAUGCAGUCUACCAUCUUACUGAUUGCCCAUACUUCAUUACCAAUGAUGAAGUCAUUUGUGUUUCUGACCCGUAUACAGCAUAUGUUCCUGGUGCGAGUGAAAGGAAUCCUGGACGGUUAUUCAACCAGCUUACCAAAAUGUUCCGAAGAAAUUACCGGGAUGUUCUAUCUGGUUUUUUGGGUGAUCUUUUUAAUCUUAAAGGAAGUACGAUGUUCCGUUUUCCACUUCGUUGUAAUGCAAAGCUUCCGUUUAAGAUUUCUACUGUCCAGUGGGAUGAAAGAAAAGUGAAAGAGCUGUUUGAUUUAUUUCGUGCAACCGCCAAAGACAUGCUGCUGUUUCUGAACAAUGUUACCAAAAUCUCUGUUUCCGAAAUAAAAAAUGGAGAACUUGAAACUUAUUCUGUGAUGUGUGAAGUUUCUGAUGAUGGCAAACGAGCUGAAUUCUUUGAAAAGAUCAGAGCAUGUAGUAAACUACCAACUCAACAAAUCCACUGGCAACAGGCUCAUUAUGUUAUGAAGAUAUCUGAUACGAAGAACGUAAAAAUGAAUUGGUUGGUCUCACAGAGCUUGGGGUAUAUUAAUGUAAACAAUGACUCGCAAGUCCCAAAUGGUACUAGAAUGGGAUUGCUACCGCGGGCUGGAAUUGCCAUCCGCUUACCCUCAACUCAAUCUCGAAAUUCUCCAUUCCGACAUUCCGUAUUUUGUGUACUUCCACUUCCAGUUUUCACGAGAUUUCCCGCUCAUAUCAAUGGUCACUUCGCACUGGACUCGGCACGUCGUGGUCUGUGGCCUGACCCUAAAUGUUCGGAUGAACGAGCUGUUUGGAAUGACUUCAUGAAACGCCAAGUAAUUGCACCAGCCUAUGCCCUUACAAUUUAUCACGCUAGAGUGCACAUCAUUGGGUAUCAAGCUGAAUCCAAGACUUCUGGCAUAUUUUUAUCCAAGAAGAAAACUGAGGAUAGCCUCAGAUGGUACCAUCAGUUGUUUCCAUCCAUUGCAGUUCUCGAUACAGCAUGGAAGCCUAUUGGAGAAUCACUUUAUAGGAAUUUCUUGUCGGUGCUUUCAGUUUUGCCUGUCGCCAUGUCAGUUCCGGAUAGCAAGAAGUCCGAUAUAGAAAGAUUAUAUUCAUCUUCUUCUUCUGAUCUGACUCCUGUUGAUGUCACGUGGUGUAAGGUCAGCGAUGCCUACUUUUGUGCAUCUGAAAUGUCUUGGUUGCUCCAGAAGACGCUGCUGGACAUAGGAUUCCGCCUUCUUUCACACACUCCGAUGGCAAUUCACGAGAGUUUCAAAGCAGUCGAAUGUUACAAAGAUGUGAGUCCACAACAAGUACGGGAAUUCCUCCAGAACCACAGGAAAAUGAAAGAUAAUUUACCUAAGAAGAUCGAGGACACUGUUGUUCAUCACAUUAACAAUGUUUGUGAACUCACUAAGUAUUGUGCUAAAGCUGAGCACUUUCUCGAAAGUCUCGAAGGCCUUCCUUUGCUUCUCACACAAGAUGGCAUACUUCGUUGCUUCCGUCAAGAUCUCGUUGUUUUUUGUAGCAGGUUCAGUCAGCUGUUGCCUUCCAGACCUGAUCUUUUCCUGCACGAUUCGCUUCGAAGUCUUUAUGGAAGAGGCAUAGAAAAGUGUUCCAAUGUUAUGAGAAUAUUUCGUAUACCAGAUCUUGCCAAAUUUCAGACUAUUCUUUUCCCAUCAUCGUGGAUUAACACCGCUUCCCACCAACCGUGGAAUCCAGUCGAGCAAGGCAACAUAUUUCCAUCGAAAGAAUGGUUAAUAUUACUCUGGGAGUUUAUUGACGCUAUAUCCAGUAAAAAAGAAAGUCAAAUCAACCUGAAGGAAAUUGUGAGUUGGCAUAUAAUCCCGACCACACAUAACUGUCUCGUUCCAGUUUUCUUGGGGAAAACAGUUCUCAAUGUAAGCACAUAUCUCAACAGUGAUACAACUUAUGACAAAAUGAUACGACGGCUGUUGGUGAAAGUUGGCUGUCCAGAGUUAAACCACACAAUUUUGAUCUCUUCAUCUUCCAGAUCCUCAAAUUCUACUGGUGCUACCGCAGUACGCAAGCAUUACCUUGCAACGGUUCAGUCGACGGAGGACGUUCUGGGACUGUUGGACCAGACUGUGAACGGCGGCACGGGAGUUACACUUGAGGAUCACGAAAUUGAACGACUCCUCAUGUUUCUACAAGGUGACCUUUCCAGGCUGUCACACCCACGUCUGCGAAAUCUUCCAUUUUACCAAACCAUCAACAGCACUUACACACGGCUUUCUAGUGGCAAUACAGUGUACGACGUACCAGCUAGUGUUCCUGGGGAAGAACUUCAAGUUCUUUCCACAGUAACGAACUGUAUUUUCUUACGCCAUGUUCCUAAGCUUGUAGAGCUUUACCAAUACAUUGGAAUCAAACCAGCUUCUUCUGCGGAGUUCUACAUACGUAUAGUUCUGAAGUAUUUCAACCAUCUAACACCCAAAGGAAGAGAAAGCCAUUUAGUAUAUGUCAGAGAUCACCUUUUGAAUUACUCUUAUGAUGGUUAUGAAGCUGUCUUAUCUGUUAUGAAACAGUUGUCCUUUAUUCCCGAUCAUUCAGACAUUCUUCGUCCAGCCAAUGAGUAUUAUGAUCCAGAUAAUGAAGUUUUCAAAAAAUUUGUACCAAAGUGGAAAUUUCCUCCAAAGCCGUUUGAUUCCACCGAGUGGAGAGGAUUUCUAAAGAAAGUUGGCCUCCAGCAUACCGUCAACAAAGAUAAUUUCUUACAGUAUGCCAAACAAUUGGAGGAAGAAGCUUGCAAUGUCCCACAUUCAACUUCAGAUGAGGGGAAAGAAAUCUUGCGGAAAUCGAGUAUUUUGGUUUCGCAUUUGUUUGGAAACAAGAAAUUACACACACCACAAUUCCUGUCCCAGAUUUCAAGUAUCAGAUUUGUUCCUGCAGCCAAGAUAAUGGAGUUGUACCUUGCUAUCCACCCUUCACAUACAAAAUCUAUUCUCACGUGUUUUAGUGGCUCCGUGAGUGAAACGCAUACAGCCAUGGUAUGGUCAAGUGCAUCUUUAAUAGCAACUUCAGCAUUGUCCUACCGUAGAGGAAAUUUGGAUCAAAUGCUUGGAGUACACACCAGUCCUCCACACAAACAUGUCAUCUCGCAUGUCAGGAACAUUUCUGCUUGUUUUCCUGCGACGAAUAAGAAAGAAGUUCCCUCGACAUUGCAAAAAAUUCUUUCUGAGGUUAUGACAACGAUAUACAAAUAUUUUAGUGCAUCUUGCCAGCUAAAGGAUGGUCCACCCGAUGCAAAUUGUUCAUCUAAUUGUCUGUUAACAAGUGAAGCCCUUCACAAUAUUCCCAUGAUAUUGGUAGAUCGGCAUACAUUCGUACGCGGUAGCCAACUAGCAUUUGAUAGAGUAUGGAACAGCAUGAACCCAUACAUGUUUAAAAUUCCCCGUCAUCUUCAACAGUUCGAACACUUCCUAAAAUGCCUUGGAGCUCAGGAGCUCCCAACGCCACUACAAUAUUCAUCAGUGCUAGAAACAAUCAAGAAAAGUUGUGGGGAUAAUCAAAUGCAUCCGGCAGAGAUUCCUGCAGCAGUGCAGGCCACGAAAAGUUUGUUCAUAUGCUUAAGCAAAGAUAAGAAGCGUUCUCAAACACGUGGAAGUUCUGCCCCGAAUGCAGCACAAUCCCUGGCAAAUGUUCGAACGCUUUAUCUCCCGACCGAAGAUAAUUAUCUGAUACCAUCGUGUGAGGUUUUUGUCAAUGACACAAUGGAAAAGAAAGAACGGUUGAAAGAUUAUUGGAAGGAGUUGCUCAUUGAUUUGACCAUGAAGGAUCAGGAACCUCCUGCAAAACUGGUCGAACUUUUGCCGAGUGAUUUGAAAGUGAAAAAGUUAAGUUCUAAACUAAAUGAAGAGUUAAGUCCAAGUUGCAUCGACAAGAUUUGUAUUCUUGAUCAAGAUUCAACUGCACAGUCUUGUGACUUCAUCAAAAGAUAUCGCGACAUUAUCUGUUCUCCGCAAUUCAGUGAGGCCCUGGUAAGAUUGUACAAGUUCCAAGAAGAAAAAAUCAGGAUUCCAGUGCAGGUAGAAAAUGAUCUUAGAAGUCUUGAGAAAGAUGUCAAAGUUUCAUGCAUGCAGACUGUUGAAGUGCAGCUUGUUACAAGGGCAACUAUGGAACCAGUUCCAGACAGCGUGUCGGAAGUUUCUACUUUCUGCCAAAAAACUCCUAAUGGUUUUUGUAUUCUAAUUAAACACGGCGGGGAGGGAAACCGCGAUGUAUUACACGACAGAUUAAGUUCGUUUAUUUCCCGGAUCACUGGGCAACACAUAGCCGAAGCUAAGUGGCGUUAUCUGAUGAUGAUCCUUGGUGUGAAGGACCCCAGCGAAAUAUCGAAGACAUUGGAUGAUGCUCGGGUACCACAGAGUAUCAGCAGUUUUUCCAGAGAACCAAACCCGGGAGAUAUAAUUCCUGAACAUUUCCACGAUCUUUUGAAAAACGAUAUAAGUCACCAUCUCCGAGAAGGUGAAUGGGUUGGAUAUGAAUUAAGAGAAGAAGAUGAAGAAAAUGACGCGGUGUAUGUGUACGCCAAGAUCAUUGAACAAACAUGCCAGGGUAUGUGUUUAUUGGUCUAUAAUGUUGAAUAAGUACUUGUUAAAACAUGAGCAGCCGAUCUUUAUAUGAUAUACAAGGACUCAUUAGUAGUGCCUCUAGGUCAGGUAGUUUAGUACUCACUGUGUUAAUAAUCUCUUUUUUAACAACAUUUAGCUCACAGAAACUAAAAUACGAUGCAUUUUUGCAGAUAAGCUAUAAAGUUUCUCAGCGCUCCAUUGUUGUUUAACAUGCCUCUAAUAUCAUGAUCACCUCGUUUUCUAUUGUUCUCAUAGGGAAUUUAAAUCCCGUAUUUUCCUCAUUACGCAUGCAACAGGGAAUAGUUCGCUUUGUCUACUAAAUUUCCCCGGGAAAUUUAGUAAAAAACAAAAGAUUUCUUUGUCUACUAAUCUUCCCUCAUCAAAAAUGCACGGGAUGAUUAGUAGACAAAGAAAUCCUUUGUCUUGUACUAAAUUUCCCGCUUCCAUAUUUAAUGCAAACGGAAAACCUAAAACACUCAACAAUUUUAUUCAACAUAUUAAAUUUUAAAUGUACACAAGUAUGACUUUGCUAAACAAUUAAACGUCAAACUCCAACUCAAGACCAACUGUAAAAUUCAUGCUAUCAACGUCCGUUUAUAUUUAUGUUUAUAUUUACGUGACUAGCAGUGGCUCCUUGAAAUUCGUUUCUUUCUGCCUGAAAAUCUUUAAACUGCUCGUUCCUUUCUUUAACCCACGCGUUGUACACAUUUUUACUCCACGUAGUGUGCCUUAUGGUAUUCUUUGGCACUCUAUCUUUUCGAACAUUUUCAACUGUCCGGUCUGACACAAAAUAGAACCUUCCAGUUGCAGCUAUAUCCGAAAACUAAGUUUAAAAUCAAUGCAAUGAUUUACAUAAGUCUCACAACAACAAAGCAUGUCCCAAAGGUACACUUAUUUCAAUCAAUAGUCAAACUCAUAAACAACUUCAUUGAAAAAUACAAAAUCAAACAGCUAAACUUAUCUCUGCAGCAAACUUUUUUGAGUUUUCCUCGGCGAUCAUAAUAUUACAAACUAAUAACAUGACUAGUCGGGAAAUUAGCGAUUAAAUUUCCCUUCGCCUCGGGAAGAUUUGUGAAAGUCCUCGGGCUUCGCCCUCGGACUAUCAUAAAUCUUCCCUCGGCGUCGGGAAAUUUAAUCGCUAAUUUCCCUCUAGUCAUGUUAUUACUUAUAAUAAUCGCUGUUUAAUUCAAAAUUUUAAAUGUCAUCCUUUUUUGUUCUUUGGUGCUUUGACGAAAAUUCAAAAGAAAUGGACAUCUAAUCAAUAUCUGUAAAUCGGGUACAGAUUAUGCAAAUAAAUUAACUCUGAAUAUAAAAAAAUCAAACUUUGUUAUUUUCCACCUUCCUCAAAAAAAGCUAAAUUAUCAAAUAAAUAUAAAAAUAUUUGACAAAAAAGACAACAAAUACAUAUCUCUUGAACGCAAGGAGUAUGUCAAAUACCUAGGCAUUUUACUUGAUGCUAACUUAUGGAAAGAUCAUAUCAGUUAUGUAGCGUCUAAAAUAAGCAAAACAAUUGGACUUAUCGCCAGGCUUCGGCACUUCGUGCCUUUUCAAACCCUGACAAAAAUCUAUCGUUCUUUAAUAUAUCCUUAUUUAUCUUAUGGUUUAACAGCUUGGGGAAACGCUGCACAAAAAGAAUUAAAAAAACUUCUCAUACUUCAAAAACGAGUUCUUCGGUUAAUGCAUUUUUCUAAAAACCGAGAUCAUUCUAUUCCACUGUUUAACAAUACUAAUAAUUUACCAAUAAGUAUGCUCUAUGUUGAAUAUGUUUCCAAAUUAAUGUAUGACGUUACUAAUGAAUUGAUACCAGAAAAUAUUUCUGAUUUAUUUACUCAAACUUCUAAUGUGCAUUCCUAUUUUACCAGAUCCUCAACAGCCGGCAAUUACUAUAAAAAAUAUUCUCGUACGAAUCAACAAAAAAAUGCUUUUUCUAGAAUUGGUGCUAAAGUGUGGAACAACGUUCCGUUAUAUAUACGUAAUUUAGGAAGAAAAAUGUUUUCUAAAAAGAUUCAUGACUUACUUCUCCGGAUUCUGGUAAAUGAGAAGGACUAUCCUGAGAUAUCGAUGAUUAUACAAAGAUUGUCUGAGUGAUCCUUGUUGUGUUGCGUGAUAGAUUGAAAACAAAUUGAAGAUUAUUAUUUAAGAUAUAUACUGUUAUUAUUAUUAUUAUUAUUAUUUUUAUUUAUCAUUAUUAUUAUAACACCGCCUAGAUUAGCUAUUGCUAUUUGCGGGUUAUAUUGUUUGUUAAAAUAUUUUCGGUUACUGAAUAUUAAAUAAUCCUAAUAAUAAUCCUUAAUUUUGUCCUGCUUUACAUAUUGAUUUUCUCGGCUAAAACGAACCGUAUCGCCAACAUAAUUGUAAAAUUUGAUUAUACUUGCAUACAUCUAUAUUUUAAAUAAUAUAAAACAUUCGCAUCCGAUCUGUAGAAACCUUAAACAUGAAGUACGGCCACGCGACGACGACGGCCAAUACCACCGAUCUUGUUGAAAUUAAUUAUUGUAAAGAAAAAGUGUCGUGUAUUAUCUGUGUAAAAUCUGUGGCUUCCCGUUGUAAACAGAGUGAGGACGGCACCUAAAGCUCCUGUAGGAUUUGUAAUUUCUUUUCUAAUUUCUACAAUAUUAUGAAUUUCAUUGUAUAAUAGCAGUCGUCCGUCACGUUGCUGCCGUCUUUGCUUGCUUAAGGCUGAUUUCCACUGUUGCGUUUUUCAUUCGUACGUAUACGCACGUAAAACUUUAAAUCCGGUGUUACAUAGCAAAUAAACAAAGCAACAGAAUUCAGUGUUCUGCAAGUUUUAGUAUAUAUGCAUUUGUUAACUUAUUUGUAAAAUGUUUGAAAAAUAGAAGAAUUCAAAGUUUUACGUGCGUACAAAAACGCAACAGUGGAAAUCAGCCUUUACGGUCCUUUGUAACUAAUCCAGCCAAAUGCUGGGCUGGUUGAAGUAUAUUUGAACUCUAAAGUUCCAGUACAUCGUAGUCGGAUUUAUCACGAACUUCUACUUUUAUAAAAGGAUAUUAAUUAAUGAUAUUUUUUAGGUGAUGGUACAUUCGCAUUUAAUAGCAAAUACCUGAUUGAUAUUGGCGAGGAAGAGCCGGUUGAAGUUAGCAAGCUGAAACUUUACAAGUUUGAUCGUGAAGAACGAACCACUGGAGGAGCUACCAGUUCGAAAAACGAAACGAUGUGUCUGGUGCCUUAUGAAGGUCCCAAAGAUGAAACUGGCGAUUCUAGUGAAGGAACCGCUUCUCGUGAGCCAGCAACGCUCGAAGAAGCGAAAAGAGAGGUCGCAGAAGCGCUGAAAGAGAUUUGGGAACUUCCAGAGUCGGAAAGAUCGAGUGCUAUAAAACGUUUGAUCCGACGAUGGCAUCCUGACAAAAAUAAACAUCGUGAGUCCUUCGCUAACGAGGUAACAAAAUUCUUGUUCAAUGAGGUGGAACGUUUGAAAAAGGGUGGAGUACCUGGCUACCGUCCUGAAGCAGACAAUUCAAAUCAAUCUUCCAGAGGACCAUCAACUGGAUCCACUUGGCGGGAUGCUCCUGACUUCGAUGAAUUUUUCACUAGAUACCGUGGACGAAGAAGACGACGACAACAACAACAACAUUAUCGCCAGCGGCGAGACGCGAAUAACGAAAAUGAACCAGCUAAUAAGAACGAAGCUGAACGAUGGAUGCGGCAAGCUCAGGAUGAUCUUGAUGCAGCUCGAUGCUUGUUCCGGAGCAAACAUUAUUCCUUGGCCUGUUUCCAAUGUCAACAAGCUGUUGAAAAAGCUCUGAAAGCUCUCAUGUUUGCGAAAGGUCGUCUUAAAAAGGGUGACCUAGAAGUUCAUGAAGUGAUGACAUUAGCAUAUCGAGCAUCGGGGCUAGAUCCACGUCUUCGGGCGAUUUCGGGAAUGGUUGCGCGUAUACAGGGAUAUUAUACCAACACCCGCUAUCCUCACUAUCAAAGAGGUUUCGUCCAAACUUCCAUUCCGGCCGAGAUGUUUAGUCAGGAAGAUGCUGAUGAUGCGAUUUCAAAAGCUGCAGAAAUUUUACAGCUUCUCAGACAAGUCCUGAAUUAGGAACGAAGUGAGUUUGUGUUGCACUGUCAAACAUUUUUUGUUAUUAUUGUAAGUGGAUUAUCGUUGGUUUAAUGGGAAACUUUUUAUCAGUUUGAGAUGUUGGGUUAAUCUUAAUCGUUUGAUUAGUUAUUUUUGCAAUUUAUAAUCAUGAUUGUAGUUUUAAAGUGGGCAUAAGCAAUUACACAGUCUGACUGGUCAGACAAGAAAUUCCGUCUCUAUUGUUGAUUGCCGAGUCUGGGCCAAGUUGUUGGUUCAAAAAUGCAAAUUAUUUAUAAAGUUUCUUUGCUAUUUGUCUAAAUAGUAAAAAAUUGAAUAUAAAUUAAAUGUAUUUCAUUUUUUUAAUGAAUUUCACCGAUCUGCAGUCUAGCAGUGUAAAUGGAAAACGCCCUUAGAUGUCGAAUUUUGUAAACUGCCGGGCAUAGCGCAGUGUAUUACAUUAUUAAUAGCAAUAAUUUGCAAAACUUUUGAAACAUUUGUAGCAUUAGUAUAUCUUUAACAAAAUGAUGUAACAAAAAUACUCUUUCAAUUACAUAUAAAUGAUCUAGCAAAGUUCGGCACCGUUUUCUGGGCUUACGCCUCAUGUUAACAUGUUCGAAAUGUCCC